CCAAUCCCUCUAAUUUUCUCGCGCUCUUUCUUCUCUCUCUGUAAUUUUCAUCUCCCUCUUCUCUGCCGCAUGGUUUCUUCAGAUUUGCCCACACAUUUGAUUCUCAUUUGAAUACAGUAGCGCCAUGCCAAAGCCCUAGACAGAAGACAACUGCCUUUUCGGCUUUUGUUCAAGGUUCCGGUAAGUCGGUUUCUCUCGGCUCUCCUCUCCUCUUUCCGUCGAAUCUAUUUACCCCGUGCAAACCCUAACCCUAACCCUACUUCUCUUUCUUAAUUACGAAGGCCGACGUUUGCUUGUAGCGGCAGUGCCACUCCCAGCUUUGGCUUCGCGCCUUCGCCCUUCUUCGUUUUUGAUUUUUGAGUGGCUAUUCUACACUAUGGCUGAUCAUCGAAAGGUACCUCCGCAGUCGCAGGCUGGUGGUAAGGUUUCUGCCGCCGGGAUUCCUUACUCGAUUGAUUUGUCUAAAUUUAGCUCCCGUUUGAAAGCUCUGUACUCUCACUGGACGCAUAACAAAGGCGAUAUGUGGGCUUCCGCGGAUGCCCUAGCGAUUGCGACUCCACCGCCUUCCGAGGAUCUCCGGUACCUCAAGUCCUCGGCCCUCAACAUUUGGUUGUUGGGCUACGAGUUACCCGAGACUGUCAUGGUGUUCAUGAAGAAACAUAUACAUUUCCUGUGUAGCCAGAAGAAGUCAUCUCUCCUAGAGGUUGUGAAGAAACCAGCCAAGGAUGCAGUGGGUGCUGAUGUGAUGAUGCACGUCAAGAUGAAGAAUGACGAUGGGAGUUCGCUCAUGGAUUCUAUUUUUUCUGCUAUUCAUGCUGUCCGGAGUGGUGGUGAUUCUGGUCCUGUGGUUGGCAAUAUUGCAAGAGAGGCUCCGGAAGGGAAGCUUUUGGAGACUUGGUCUUAGAAAUUGGGAAACGAGAGUUUUCAGCUUGGGGACAUAACUGCUGGAUUAUCUGACCUCUUUGCUAUCAAGGACAACUACGAGCUCAUGUGUGUUAGGAAAGGCUGCUUAUUUAUCUGCCAGUGUGAUGAAGAAGGUCGUGUUUAGGGAUGGCAAUGAGUAGGGUCGGGUGCGGGUUUACCCUAUAUCAACUUCUAAUCCGUCGGGUAGAGCUUCCUAAAAUACCCGACCAAAUAACCACCGGGUAUGAAAAUGAUAUAACCAUAUCCUACCCACCGGGGUAACCACGGGUAUUCGGGUAACCAUGGGUACAAUUCAAAAAUAUGAACUUAUACACAUAUAUGCACAUACUGACAUACAUACUGUUGUCCGUUAAAAAUUCUCAAAAAUAUGAACUUAUACACAUAUAUGCACAUACUGACAUACAUACUAUUGUCCGUUAAAAAUUCUCAAUACUUAUAACUGUUAUAGCGUUAACAAUCCACACAAAUAAAAACAGCAAACACAUUUUAAUUGUUCUUGCUUCUACAAUCCACAAACAAAAACACAAUACAUCAUAUUUGUUUUAGCUUCAACAAUCCACACAUAAACAAAAACAGCAAAGACAAUAUUAGAACAAGACCACAUCAAAUGCUCACUACUUAACUUAUGCUUCAUGACAUCCAACAAGGCAUCAUUAGUAGAACAAUUAUCCAAGUUAAUUGUAGAUACUUUUGUGUCAAUAUCUUAAGCAAGUAAAGUUUCAAGAAGAGCUUGAGCAAGCACCUCACUUGUGUGUGGGCAAGGAAAAUCGACUGCUGGGUAGGGUUAGGGCUAGGAAAUUGACCAUUUGGUUAGCGGGGCGGGUAUAACAGGAUGGGUAAUAUCGAUUACCAUACCCGUACCCUACCCUUUAUUUUCAAACCGGGUAUUAUCCGUACCCGCUCUUAACCCGUCAAAGCGGAUACUUAUCCUCGUUGACCGGUUACGAUCGGGUAGGGUAUCUAUGGUUACGGGUUGGACAUCCCUAAUCGUGUUUCCCAAACUCGAGAAUGUAAUUGACGAGGAAAAUAAAGUGGCUCAUUCGACUCUUAUGGAUGAGACGGAGAAGGUUAUAUUGGAGCCUACAAAGGCUGGCGUGAAGUUUUUUUUUGACAAAAAAAAAAAAUGUUGAUAUUUUCUAUCCUCCAAUUUUUCAGAGUGGUGGAAUAUUUGAUCUUAGGCCAAGUGCUGUAGGUAAUGAUGACCUGCUGUACUACGACCCUGCUAGUGUAAUCAUAUGUGCCAUUGGAUCCCGCUAUAACAGUUACUGCUCAAAUGUUGUCAGGUCUUUCUUGAUUGAUGCCGGGUCUUUUCAAAACAAAGUAUAUGAGGUCCUUCUCAAGGCUCAUGAAGCUGCUAUCGGUGCCUUGAAACCUGGUAACCCAGUUAGUGCAGUAUAUGAGGCUGGCCGCUCCUUAGUUAAGUCUGUCUGAAGCUUCUGAGCUGGUCACACAUUUGACGAAAUCUGUUGGGACUAGAAUUGGUCUUGAAUUUCGUGUCUGGGUUGGCUUUAAAUGAAAGGAAUGAUCGGCU